CCCCUAACAAUUGUCAAAUUUUCGGAUUCAAGUCCCUGGCCCAAAACCCUACUUUCAGGCCCUCCCGUCACCGCCCUUCGAUACCUUCCGCGUCGUACGACCUCCGGCAAGAACCGUCAGCCCCAGGUUGGCGUCCACUCGCUGGAUUUCUCACUAAACCGCCAUAAUUUACUUUAUUUUAUUUUUGAGUAUAUGCGUCCGCCAUUAAUGGCGGACCUUCGAGCUCCAAGCUCGGUUUCUGAGAAACCCACAGGGAUGGAGAACCACCUCUACUCGGCUCCAAGCACGAACAUCCAUCGAGGAAGAGUGUCACGCCACAAGGGCCGACUGCCGCUACAUCCGACGGAUUGCCGCGCGACGGGGCCGCCUAGCAGCAGCGCGAUUUCCGAGAUCCAACGACAACGCCGGCAGCGGCGUCUUUUUCACGGACG